GACCGGGAGCGCAAGCGUGUUGUGGCUCGGAUCGUUCGGAUACACGCAUGAGAAGGUACGGGUUGAGCAGUGACGGGGGGUGGCUGGAGUGAUGGUAUUUGCUUUCAAGCUCACUUCAGUGCCAGUUUGCCACUGCGCGCCACAGCGCUGGUUAUGUGCAACAUUCGAUUUUGGAACAUAGUCGAAUGACAUCGCUUUUUUUGCCGCGCGGUUUGAAAGUUUUAUUCGUGCGGAAAUUAAAAGUGCAUUAGUGUACAUCGUUUUCUAUAAAGAUUUGGUGUCACUUUUUUCUAUUUGAAAUAUAUAAAAUUGUUCGUGUAUUUUGUGACUUAUCGACAACCGACAGCCUUCUCAAAAUGGAUCUGGAGUUUCGGAACUUGUCGUACACGGUGUAUAAUAAAAUAGUAAGAGGAGUGGGGAAGCAAGUCGUCAAAGGCGUUAGUGGCCGGUUUAUGUCCGGUCAACUCAUUGCUAUUAUGGGUCCGUCUGGUGCCGGCAAGAGCUCUCUAUUGAAUGUCAUUUCAGGUUACAAGUCCGCAGGUGUAAGUGGCGAAUUACUAGUGAAUGGACAACCUCGUGACGAGCAGCUCUUCAAAAGAUCAUCAUGCUACAUAACACAAGAGGAUCUGCAUCAACCUCUCCUCACGGUUCGCGAAGCUAUGGACGUUGCAGCCAAGUUCAAACUUCCAAAGGGCGUGAAGAGACCAUCAGAAGAUAUCUUACAACAACUUGGUCUAUUAGAACAUCAGCAUACGAGGACAGACCAGUUAUCUGGAGGACAAAAGAAAAGAUUAUCGAUAGCACUGGAGCUGGUGAAUAAUCCACCAGUGUUUUUCCUUGACGAGCCUACGAGUGGCUUGGACACAGUCACAACAGUUCAGUGUGUGAAGUUGUUGAAGCAGUUGGCGCGGCAAGGAAGAACCGUCGUGUGCACCAUUCAUCAGCCUGCUGCAUCUCUAUUCGAAAUAUUUGAUCAGGUAUACGUAUUAGCUGAUGGGCGUUGUAUUUACCAGGGCGACACAGACGCUAUGGUACCAUAUUUAAGCAGCGUCGGCUUACCCUGUCCAAGACAUCAUAACCCAGCAGAUUUCAUUAUCGAAGUAACAGAAAACCCACAUAACACAAAGAUGUUGUGCGAUGAAAUAUUAAACGGGCGCAUUUAUAAAUCAACUAAAAUGGACACAACUAUAAACGAACCAAUCAACAACAUGCAGCUGAAAAUCUGUUAUCAAAUCGAAGACGAGUCUGGUGAGACGGAAAUCGUUUUAUCGAAUGAUAAAUGUACUUUUAAAGUGAAACAGUUAAAUGAGAUAAGUAAUUCGACGACGUCAUUGGAUCAAAUAUCGAGAGACGAUUCGUCAUUGGCUUGGAUGAAAAUACAGGAAUCGACACAUCAAUACCCUACGACGUAUUUCCAACAGUUUUCGAUACUUCUGCGUCGAAUGUUGUUACAAAUAUCAAGAAAUAGACAAGCUUUAUGGAUCCAAACCAUACACCACGUGAUGUGCGCUGUGUUAAUAGGCCUGUGUUUCUUCGGCACGGCCAACGACGGCACCCAGAUGUUUAACCACUUGAAGAUGUGUGUUGGUCUUGUGAUAUUCUUCUCGUAUACGCAAAUCAUGGUACCAGUGCUUGUAUAUCCUGAGGAAGUUAAACUAGUGAAGAAAGAACAUUUCAACAGUUGGUACAGCCUCUUACCGUAUUAUGCUGCAUUGACGGUGUCGAAAUUGCCAGUCCAAGUUACCUUAAACAUGAUAUUUUGUACGAUCGUAUUUUUCAUGGUGGGAGUUCCCUUUAGUGCUGCCAGAUUUAUAGUUUUCUGUAUCGUUGGCAACACUGUUUCUUUAGUGUCUGAGGGACUUGGAAUGGCAAUUGGAUCAGUUUUUAGCGUGAGGAAUGGCUGCGCAAUCGGCCCAGCUGCCAUCGCACCAUUCCUUGGUCUUGCCAUCUACGGCUUCGACUUCGCCCACAGGAUCCCCCUCCUCAUGAACAUUAUCAUGAAAACUUCCUUCAUCAGAUGUGGUGUGGUCGCUAUGGUACUUACCGUUUUUGGCUUUGGUAGAAAACCACUGGAAUGUACCGACGUGUACUGCCAUUUCGCUAAACCAGACGUUUUGAAGCAGUAUCUAGAUAUAGAAAACAGUUCAGUUUGGCUAGAAAUUCUCAUCAUGGUAAGCAUCAUGGUAUCUGUAAGAUUCCUCUGUUAUAUGGGGCUCAGAUAUCGCUUUGCGACGUGAUUCACAAAUACUAACGUAAUUUAGUGGGAUGUGUAUUUAUUUACGUCAUAAUCUGAUGGGACGUCAGUACAAACUGUUCUAUGUGAUAGAUUUAUUUAAUGUUUGAAAUGUAUUCUGUUAUAGGGAAUAUAUCUCGCCAAAGAUUUUUUAUGAUUGUUAAAACGAAAUAAUAAUAGAUUUGGUCCAAGUGAACAUCGAGCUGUUGGAAUAGCUUAUCCAGUUAUAAUUUAAAAAUAUAUAUAUGCACACAACAGGAAAUAUUAAACUCAAUUGGAAGUUUUUCUAAUAGUUCAUUUUUUUUUAUGAGGUCGUGUGAGAUAUUUUUUGGGUAUAUGAAGGUACACACGGGUGUGAUGAGUUUAUGUACGAGUAUGGUAAUUCUGCUUCUUUUUUCCGUACCAUGCGUCCAAAAGAUCCAAAAUUCGAUUUAUAAAAAAAUUAUUCCAUUUUCGUUGUUUUUCGUUGUACAUAUACCUACGUAGUAAUAAAAACUUGCAGAACAAAUAUAUGAGCAACAAAUGCGACCACACCAUAAUACACACAUACAACACCAUAAUAUUUUUUAUUGGUAUGCAUUGGAUAUUUGGUAUACUUAAGUCAUAUGGAGAGUGAUUACGUUAUUAAAUUUAAUAUUAUCCACUGUCCAUAUUAUCGACUUCACAUGGAUAGGUACGUUGCGACGUUUUGAACCAAGUUCCGUACAUAAAAACGUCUAUUUUUUGGACACCUAUCGGUUGAGUACUUAAUAGGUCAUUAUAUUGACCUGAAUUCGUUGCUUUUGCUCGUCAAUUAUGUUAAAUUCAUGUACUUACUCACUGCCGGCGUUUUUAAUUAAUAUUCUAUUUAUAAAAUGUGUGAUGGAUUUUUACAUUUAUAUUGACACCAAAUGAAAGGAUAACUUAUAAUAACCUGUCAAAAUAUGUAUUUAA